GCGACAGCAGCCGCACAGCAGACUUCAGAUGUCUGCGGGACCUGAACCUUCAGUGUUUACGUGGAUUAAAUUGACAGCCUGCCGCCUGAAACGUCCCAUACAGUCACCAUGAAACUGACACCCUGCAGCACCACAGGAGCUUCGUUCAGCUGCUUAACCCUGGCUGUUCUCUUGUUGCUUCAUUGCUGUCAUAUCGGCAGCAUUUUUGGCCAAAAGUCUGACUCGGCCUUAACUGUGGUGGAGAACACAGAAGGAGCAGAGGCAGUAGUUGGUGAUGAAGAAGAGGAGGUGGUGGUUGAUGAAGAUGAAGGAGAUCUGGAGGUGAUCCAACCUAAUGAAGAGUGGCAAACACUCAAACCAGGCCAGGCAGUGCCCGCAGGUUCCCAUGUGAGGCUGAAUCUGCAGACCGGUCAGAGGGAGGUCAGACUGGGAGAGGAGCAGCUCAAAUACUGGACCCAGGAGCACAGGGAGACAGAGGAGAGUCGGCACUCCUUCAGUCCUGAAGAGCUGAAAAGAGCCGUGAAGAAGAUGAAGGAGGACAUGAACCCAGCGAGCAGAGACGCAGAACAACAGGACUCUGUGGCAUCGAAGUUUCGUCCCAUUGAGGAGCUAAAGAGAGACUUGGCUCAGCUGGACCUGCAGGUAGAGACGGAUGUUCAGAUCAUGAGGCGUCUGCUGGACCAGUUUAACAGCAGCAACUCGACCACAGAGCAGAGGCUGAGCAUCCUGCUGGAGCUCGAGUACCUGGUGCAUCAGGUGGAUAACGCUCAGACCCUUUGUUCGAUGGGGGGUCUCCAGCUCAUUCUGGAUGGUCUCAACAGCUCUGACUUCAGAUUACAGGAGAGGUGUGCGUUUGUCCUGGGAUCUGCUGUGGCCAGUAACCCGGCUGUCCAGGUGAAGGCUGUGGAGAGUGGAGCUCUGCAGACACUCUUAACCAUGCUGGCCACUGCGCAGCCGCUCCAAGUCAAGAAGAAGGUUCUGUUCGCAGUGGCCUCCCUCCUGCGUAACUUCCCCUACGCGCAGCGCCACUUCCUGUCACACGGAGGGCUGCAGGUCCUAUCAGAGCUGUUCAGGGAAGACGGAGGCGGAGUUCUGCGGACACGCAUCGUCACCAUGUUAUAUGACAUGAUCAGUGAGAAGGAGCUGAUCUCUCAGGCAGGUCUGGACCUGGUGCAGGAUGCCUCCCAUGAAGAGCGGGUGCGGCAGUACUCGAAGGUGUCCCUGCAGGGGGAGCUGCUGGAGAAGGGCUGGUGCAGUUUGGUCCCACAGCUGCUGCAGUCCACUGAGCACGACUACAGGGAGAAGGCUCUGCGGGCUCUCCUGGCGAUGGCACCCGUGUGUUCGGAUCAGUACCGCUCAGACAGCUCUCUGCUGGGCUCUCUGCUCUCUCUCAGACACCAGUACCAGGAAAUGGUCCAGUCAGAGAUGAUUCUCGGAGAGGAGAACGGCUACUUCACAGAGAUUGUAGAACUUAUAGAUGCUCUACAAGUCAAGAUGAAAACAUGAUAAAUGCACUGUGGCAUUUCACAGACUUAAAGACUGCUUAGAUAUUAAAAACCUGCACGACCAACCACAGAAAGACAGAAGACAAGAGUCCACUGCAUGAAGUGCAAGGACAAUGGACCUUUUGCAGACACAGUCUGAACUUGAGCAAAUCAAGAUUUCGUCUGUGGCAUUCGACUGUUUUUGGACGGGGGUGGGGAUCAGAAAAAAGGCUGUCAUGUAAAAUAAUUUUAUUUUG